GCGUAUGAUUAUUGUCAACGAAGAGGGACAAAGAUUUAAUCUUUUAAGGAGGCCUAUCAUCAUCAUCAAUUAGCCAAGUGUAUUGGUAACUGAGAAAAAACCGUGUUUUGAUUCCGCAUGAGGAAUUUGAUUUGAAACAAUCAUGUCGGUGGAGAGAUCUUUCGAAGCUUGGGAAGAGGUUCAGAGACAAGGCCUAGAUUUAGCUGAUCGACUCGCUCAAGGCUUCACGGGUUUGAUUCAGAUAAACCCACCUACCUUUCCAUGGCCUCAUCAUCAAAAGGCGAAACCUUUCGAUCUCGAGUUCCCUAGUCAACUUCUCAAUGUUAUUGGAGAUUCUACUGGACAUUUCGAUGCUAUUAGAGAUUAUAGUUUCGGUAUUAUCAACCAACCCAUCAACGGUGUUGCAGCUGUUCUCGAUGUUGGGAAUAAGAUUGGUCAAGCUGGUCUUGAUUUCGGUUCUGGCUUGAACCUCAUGGUCCAACAGUUCUUUAGGAGGUUGCCUAUACCUUUCUUGCACGAUGAUAGCAAGCUUGGUGGUAUCUCUGUGGAGAGUGGUGAGAGUAUAAGGAGUAAUAGGGCUUAUGUGGAUACAAAAGAUGAUUUGGGAUUAGCUGCAGAACGGUUGAAAGACUCAGGUUUUUCUAAGACCGAUGAUUCUGUUACUAUGUCUGAGGAGGAAGUUGCAGAUUCUUAUUUAAGAACCGGUGGUUUCCUUGGAAGAUCAAAGGGGAAGAUUGAUAUAUCAUCAAGUUAUGAUAGUAGAACAAACGGUAUGGAACAUUCAUUAGCAGCCAGGGGAGACUUAUGGAGACUAGAAGCUUCGAGUUCGAGUUCUACUGCAAGUGAUGGGACUUCGUCUCUCUUUCUUCUCCAGCUUGGACCGAUUCUUUUCCUACGAGAUUCAACUCUUCUUUUACCCUUACACUUAUCAAAACAACACUUGCUCUGGUAUGGAUAUGAUAGGAAGAAAGGUAUGCAUUCACUCUGCCCAGCUGUAUGGUCAAAGCAUCGAAGAUGGCUUAUGAUGUCAAUGCUAUGUCUCAACCCUGUAUCUUGCUCCUUUAUGGAUUUGCAGUUCCCAAACGGGCAGUUGACAUAUGUAUCUGGCGAGGGGCUGACAGUAAGUACCUUUGUACCGUUCUGUGGAGGUCUUCUUCAAGCACAGGGUCAAUAUCCAGGGGAUAUGAGAUUUAGUUACUCUUGUAAGAACAAACGUGGAACUAGAAUCACACCAAUGGUUCAUUUGCCUGAUAAAUCAUUCGCAUUGGAAGUUUCUCAAGGCUUGGCAUGGCGUAGAUCUGGACUAUUGAUGAAACCAACACUUCAACUCAGUGUAUGUCCCACGUUUGGUGGAAGCAACCCGGGGAUGAAAGCGGAAGUGAUACACUCGCUGAGUGAUGACUUGAACUUGAUAUAUGGCUACGCACUCAACGCACAUCCUUCAGCUUUUGCCUCUGUAUCUUUUGGUCGGUCGAAAUGGAAUGGUAAUAACGGACGCACGGGGAUAGUUGUCAGUGCUGAUACUCCACUUGCAGAAAGUAUUGGCCAGCCUUCUUUCUCUAUCCAGCUUAAUAACUCUUUUGAGUUCUGAAUCUCUUGUCUUGUUUACAUAUACUAAGGCAGGGUUUAUUCCCAUGUACAUAUGUGUGAAAACACUGCUUUUGCCACAUUUUCGUGUACAUAUGUGUGUGAAACAAAUUAGUUAACCCACGAGUUAGUGUCCUUUAACUCCCAAGAAAUAA